AUGAAGUCUCCUGCACUUCAAUGGCUUCCAAUAUUGAUCAUUUCAAUUAUGUACUCAACUUGUGUGACUGCACGGUUUAACAUUCCAAGGUUGGAUCCACUCGGAGGAAUGAACAAUCCAAGAGUGAGAGUUUCGAGGGAAUUUUCUGCAAGUUUGGCUGAAUCAAAUAUUAAUGAUCAGAACUUGCAAACAUUUUAUUACAAUCAAACACUUGAUCACUUCAAUUACAGGCCUGAAAGCUUUGGCGUGUUUCAGCAAAGAUAUGUCAUCAAUUCACAGUACUGGGGUGGCCCUAAUUCCAAUGCACCAAUCUUUGUUUACUUUGGGGCAGAAGCUCCAUUGGAUGGUGACUUAGCUGGUAUUGGAACCCUAAAAGAGAAUGCCCCUAGUUUUAGGGCUCUUCAAGUUUACAUAGAGGUAGCAUUAAUGCGGAAUAAGAUUUUACAUAUAAGAGAAGCAUUCCUGUUUUUGAUUUUAGGGCUACUUUGUAUUAAUGGGUUAGCUUUCGUGUAUCGAGAUUAA